CAAUCAGAUGUGAGGAAGCCGAAAUUUCUUCCUGUUCUGCUUUUUUUCUGUCCAACUGCUCAGCUGACUGACAGUCAUGCGGUUCCGUUUUUGUGGAGAUUUGGACUGCCCUGACUGGGUACUUGCCGAAAUUAGCACAUUAGCGAAGAUCUCAAGUGUCAAGAUGAAACUCCUCUGUGUUCAAGUGCUGAAGGACUUGCUUGGGGAAGGCAUAGAUUACGACAAAGUUGCUAAGCUUACUGCAGAUGCAAAGUUUGAGAGCGGGGACAUCAAAGCUAGUGUGGCGGUGCUCAGCUUCAUCUUGUCCAGUGCUGCAAAGCAUGAUGUCGACAGUGAAUCUCUUUCUAGUGAGCUGCAGCAGCUCGGUCUGCCUAAAGAACACACAACGGGACUCUGCAAAUCAUAUGAAGACAAACACUCUGCGUUGCAAGACAAACUCAGAGAGACGAGCCUGAGGCUGGGAUGCCUGAACAGUGUGUCCUGGCGCGUCGACUACACUCUCAGCUCCAGCGAGCUGAGGGAGGUGAAUGAGCCAGUGAUUCAGCUUAAACUGCAGACGCAAGGAGCAGAGUCAGGCUUCACAGAGACCACUGUUGUUUCUGUUUCUGGUGACAAGUUCAGAGUCUUGCUUGCAGAGCUCAAACAGGCCCAGGCUAUGAUGAAUGCUCUGCAGUGAAGAGUGGACAGUGAAGUCGGACCUUGAUGUCAGAUCAAGAAGUGGAAACAGAUGACGCUGAUCGGUUGCCAAAAGUGCCAUACUUACUCCUUGUAUAGUAUAACGUUUUGUAAUAAUUUAGUCAUAUCCAUGGUCAUGUGAAUGCAUCUGCAAUAAUUGGUGGAAAUGUUUACAGACUGAGUGAUUCAUCACUGAAACAAGAAUACUGAAUGGACCGUUUUUUUUGUAAAAUAUUGUAUAUUAUGUCACACAUUUUAAAUGCUGUUGAUAAUUGAUAACUGUUUUAUCUUCACGUGCCCGUAAAUAGCACAAUAAAAUGUGAAACACA